AUGCGCCAUGUCGCGCGCAACCGACCCUUCGUAGUUCGGAAUGGAGCCAAAGACUUCAAAGCGAGAAAGACUUGGAAGUCAGAGUACUUAACGGGUGUUAUGCGUGGUCAAAACGUCAACGUGGCAAUCACUCCUCACGGAAACGCCGAUUCAGUCGUCUCGCUACCAUCAGGUGGCUCUGUAUUCGUCAAGCCGUAUGAGACCGAGGAACCCUUCCAAGACGUUCUGGAAAAGAUACAACGACAAGAGCAAGAAGAAGACUACAAAGGCCCAACACGCUAUGCACAAACCCAGAACGACAAUCUGCGCAACGAGUACUCUACACUUUUCGCCGAUGUACCGAAGAGUAUUCCGUUCGCGCGCAUAGCACUAGAGCAGGAACCCGACGCAAUCAACUUCUGGCUCGGGAACUCCUACUCCACAACUGCUCUACACAAGGAUAACUACGAGAAUAUCUACGUCCAGAUCCUCGGUCAAAAGCAUUUCGUGCUCUUACCGCCCGUGGAAGCAGCCUGUGUGAAUGAGAAGAGCGUCUUAGCUGCAACAUACACUCCAAAACAUGAGGACACAUCAUCCUCCGACACACUCAAACAGAACGAUCUGGUGAUCAAGGUAGACGAGCCGGAGGAGUACGUACCCUUCGCGACAUGGGACCCUGAUCAGCCCUCCACCAACACUACACCUUACUCUCAAUAUUCGCUGCCUGUCAGAGUGACGCUAGAAGAAGGCGAUAUGCUAUACCUGCCAGCACUCUGGUACCAUAAAGUAAGCCAAAACUGCAACGAGGAAGGAAUUUGCUGCGCGGUAAACUAUUGGUAUGAUCUUGACUUUAGCGGUGGUUUCUGGAGCACCGCGAAUUUCGUCAGAAGCGCAGGACUGCUGAGCAUGCAAGACAAGGCAGAAGAGGAGGGAACGGAAGAUGGAGGUGGUUGA